AAGGCAUUGAAGUGGGGCCCCAUUCGUACAAAUCCAGUGGGGCUACCUUAACACAGUUUCUGUAAUAGAAAUUACACAGAAAAAGAGAAAAAAUAAUGACUGUAGAGAGAGAGAGAAAGAGAGUAUUGAUGUGAGAGAGACAGGAGAGUUUGGCAUCUCUCUCUCUCUCUCCUCCCAUCCUUGUCCGUCCACCGAAUACUCCCUCCUGAGAAUCAGAAAAGCCCACCACUCUCUUUUAGGGUUUUCAGCCUUUUAUUUUUUUUUUUUUGAAAAACAACACGAAAAUGAAAGUUGAGGUAAAGGUGUUGAAUAUUUCAACAAGCGAAAGGAAAUGGUAAAGCUUGUAUUUGUGCCAUAUAAUUCUACUUUAGGCUUUUUGAGAAAUGAACCUGCAUGAUUCUCUGGUUACUAGUGUCUUUCCUCUGUGGUGCUGAAGUCGAGUGAUUAAUCACACGGCAAGUUGGUCCAAGUAAUGGGUUCUUUUCAUGGGAAUUGUGAGAUACUUGAGGUAGAGGAUGAACAGAGUAGAGCCCGAUGGCCACAAGCAUCCCAGCAAGUAAGAGGACAGGACGGAGAGCAGAAGCCUCCGAUCUGGAAAAAAGGGUCCAACAACUAUUUGGAAGAUGAUAUCAACAGGCUUUUUGAAGCAGUCAAUCUCAGAACAUCCAAGAGUCUGGAUCUCUCAGACUCGAGGAGGAAUGCUUCAAAGAAGCCGAUGCGGGCUACUGGUUCUCAUUCACCUGUAAUUGGAUUUUCCGAGCCCGUCUCUCUGAAGCAGGCUUUGAGGGGCAUGUGCAUUUCUCAGGCAGCAGAGAUGGCUGCCGUGAAACGGUUGUCGCUGCCAGCAUCUCCUAGAAUCUCAGAAGCUGGGAAAAUCACUAAUAUGUAUAGGUCUGUCGUAGUCGAAACUGGUUGCUCCCUAGUUGGAGGUGGAGAACAAAGGAUAGAGAUUUCUUUGGUGCCAGAAGAAAGCACCUCAAGUUCUUCUCGUACAGUGUCUCGGUUGGUUCAAGAUUCUCUGGUGAAGUCACCAACCCAAAGUUCGAGCCCCUCUCCUACUUCCGGUGCUAAACCAGUUAUAAACAUCAAACAUAGUUCCAAAGACUCGGGUCAGCCACCGGCUGAAUGUAGUGAUGUUGGAUUAUCUCUAGUAGAAGGAAAUAUAGCUACAAGUUCUACCAAUAUGCCAUCUUCGCACCUUCAAGAGCCAAAGCAUAAUGAGAUUGGACCUGCUUUAGAAGUUGAUAAACAGUUGCUAGGAACAGGUCCAGAGGAAGAAGACUGCAGUUCAGUCUCUGCUCUGUCUCAUAAUAAUGCUCGUGAUAAUUUUUCAAAGCAAGACAAGAAAAAUUCUGGCUUCAACAAAGUAGCAAGUGUUCCAAGUAAGGAUUCUGCCACUUCGCUGAAAGUAGUAGACAAUGCUGCCCCAAAGCUGAGACGAAAAUCUAGGUUACAGACAGUAUCUUCAUCCAGUCUGGUAAAAGGCAACAGAGAUGUGAGUUCAACGAGAAACACAUAUCGUGCAGUCAAACCAGUCAUUAGAAACAAGAAUCUCAUCAUAAAGAAAUCAAAGAAGGUAGCCGCAUCAACUGAUGGAAUUUCAGAAACAUCUUUUGAAGUAAACAGUGGUCAGGACCACAUCUCUGGGCAAUUUAUCUGCCAAAGGUGUCAGUGCUCUUUGAGGGAUACAAGUAAGAAUUCUGGCAAGGAUCCCCCAGAUACUGCUCGUGCUAAAUUUUUGACAGUUAGUAUGGAUUCUGAUGCAAGCAGAUCAGAUUCAAUUCCAACUGGUUUCGUUAACCAAAAUACUUCAGUUUUUAAAACAAACAUGACCCCCAAAUCCUGUGAGAAAGGAGAUAUCUCUCUGAGCUCAAAGAGCAGCAUUUGUGAUUUUAGCAGUAGCACCACUAGUUUCAGUGAAGAGAGCAAUCUAAGUGGAUCGACUUGCAGCAGUAGACCACACAUGUCAAAGGACACAAGGUGGGAAGCAAUCAACCAUAUAAGAAAACAAUAUGGUUUUCUUGGGCUUAGUCACUUUAAUUUGUUGAAAAAACUUGGUUCUGGAGAUAUCGGUACAGUUUAUCUUGCUGAACUGAUAGGAACGAACAGCCCAUUUGCGAUAAAGGUAAUGGAUAAUGAGUUCUUAGCAAGAAGGAAGAAGAUGCCUAGGGCCCAAACUGAGAGAGAAAUUCUCAGAAUGCUGGACCACCCAUUUCUCCCCACUCUUUAUGCUCAGUUUACAUCGGACAAUUUAUCAUGUUUGGUAAUGGAGUUUUGUCCUGGUGGAGAUCUACAUGUCCUCCGACAGAAGCAACCCGGCCGAUAUUUUCCUGAGCAGGCGGCAAGAUUCUACGUAGCUGAGGUCCUUCUUGCCCUCGAAUAUCUGCACAUGCUCGGUAUUGUGUACCGAGAUCUUAAACCGGAGAACAUUCUGGUACGUGAAGAUGGUCAUAUCAUGCUCACAGAUUUUGACCUGUCACUAAGAUGUUCCGUUAGCCCAACUCUCGUCAAAUCAUCUUCAUCAGUAAUGGAGCCACCUAGGGUCUCUGGUCCAUGUGCCGGAUCAAACUGCAUUGAUCCUUUCUGCACCGGACCUUCAUGUAAGAUGUCAUGCUUUAGCCCUCGAUUUUUACCUGCUGCAACAAGAGCAAGGAAGUUAAAAGCCGAUGCUGUGGCCCAGGCAAGAUCAUUACCUCAGCUUGUAGCAGAGCCAACAGAGGCACGAUCCAACUCCUUCGUUGGCACUCACGAGUACUUGGCUCCAGAGAUCAUUAAAGGAGAAGGCCACGGGAGUGCUGUUGAUUGGUGGACACUGGGUGUUUUUCUUUACGAGCUGCUUUAUGGGAAGACACCAUUUAAAGGUGCUGGAAACGAAGAGACAUUGGCAAAUGUGGUCCUGCAGAACCUAAAAUUUCCCAAUGCCCCGAUGGUUAGUUUUCAGGCUAGGGAUCUCAUUAGAGGCCUGUUAGUGAAGGAGCCUGAGAAUCGGCUGGGAACAGAAACCGGAGCUGCUGAGAUCAAAAGGCACCCGUUCUUUGAGGGCCUGAACUGGGCGCUGAUACGCUGUGCCAUUCCACCUCAGGUUCCAGAGUUCUACGACGUUGGAAAUCCACAAGUAGCCUCUCUGGAGAAGGGGAAAAGGUUUCUGGACUAUGGCGGCACUGGAGAGCACGUAGAGUUUGAGUUGUUCUAAAGGAAACAUGUUUACUUGGGUAAUGAUGCUAUCUGUGUCCGGUGAAGGUAAUACUGAUGUUUCUUUGCUCACCCUCACCUUCCAUGUUGUAAUAUAUAUCUAGCAAAAAUUGUAGUGUUGAAGCAGAGAUCUGUUACAAGGUAUGGCACUGGAUAUUGCACAUGACAGGGACAACAGGUUUAAUACUACGAAUCAAAGGUUUCUCAUUGCUUCAGUAUAGAACAUGUAAAACCAUAAACUGAAAAUGUUGUAAUGACUACUCGUGUCGAGUGAGGUUAGGAUUUAUAUUUGAGUUGCAGAUUUUUUAAAAUAAAAU